UGUGUGAGAGCAGCUCUUUAUUUGGCAACCGGUCAGAGUGGCAGCGGGCAGGGCUGAAGAGGGGAUCCCCGGGAUUAAUUUUUUUUGUACAUCGAAUUACGGGUGUAAAUUGUCUGUCAAAACAAGUGAAAAGCAAAAGGGACACCUCUUCUCGGUAGAGCGAUGUCGGAGGAGGCGGUGCGUCAGACGCGCAGCCAGAAGCGGGCCUUGGAGAGGGACGUGGUGGCCCCUGGCAGUCCCGGGGGGGAGCAGGACAUUAAGAAGGUGAAGCUGGAGAACUGUGACCUGCCACCUGCAGCAGAUGGCCCUAUAGCUCCAGUGGCUUUGGGAGGAGGAGAUGUGGUGAAGAUGGAGCAGGCAGCCAAGGUGGCCAGCAUGAGCAUCCUGAAGACCGGCGAGGUCAAGGCUACCAUCAAAGUGGAGGUGCAGACUGGGGACGGGCCUGUCGACAUGAGCACGUCCAAGAGUGAAGUAAAGAAAGAGAAGCAUCCCCUGUCACCAAACAAUGACGUCAUAGUGCUGUCAGACAAUGAGCCGUCCAGCCCCGUCAUGAACGGCUUGAACCACUUCAGGAAGACAGACACUGACCUGCUCAUGAAGAGCAGGCCAGAUGAGAGGGAGCGCAUCAUCAAACAGUUGAUGGAGGAGCUGAGACUACAAGAGGCCAAGCUGGUGCUGCUGAAGAAACUACGACAGAGCCAGACACAGAAGGAGAGCACUGUACAGAAGCCAACCUCUGGCUCUGUAGCCACUCCUCCACCUCUGGUCAGAGGCAGCAUGACAUCAGGCAAAGGACCGCUACAGGUGUCGUCAGUCCGUAGCUCAGGCACAGUGAUCCCUCCUCCAUUGGUCCGGGGUGGGCAGCAUGUCCCGUCCAAGCAGAACUCCCAGACCAUCAUGCCACCCCUGGUCAGAGGGGCGCAGGUAACUUAUACUCUGCCCAUCGCGGUGUCUCCCCAGCAGAUCGCGUCCCUGCGGCAGCAGCAGCAGCAGCAGCAGCAAUCUGGGUCUGGCCCCCCUCCCCUGCUGCUGGCCCCCAGGGCCUCUGUCCCCAAAGUCCAGGUGCAGGGCCAGAGGAUCAUCCAGCAGGGCCUCAUCAGGGUGGCCAACGUCCCCAACACCAACGUCCUGGUCAACAUACCACAGGGCUCUCAGAAGGGCUCGUCCGUGAUGUCCCAGGCCGGGAUGGGCAGCAUCGUGUCCACGGUCCAGGCCAACGAGUCCCCGGCCGCUCGCCAGGCAGCCGCCAAGCUGGCUCUGCGUAAGCAGCUGGAGAAGACCCUGCUGGAUAUCCCUCCUCCCAAACCUCCCGCCCCCGAAUUCAACUUCCUGCCGUCAGCAGCCAACAACGAGUUCAUCUACCUGGUGGGCCUGGAGGAGGUGGUGCAGAACCUGCUGGAUACACUGGGACGGGGCAAGCAACAGGGUCAGUCUGUUGCCCCGGAGACCCCCGUCCCUGAAGAGCCACACACCUGCGCCCAGUGCAAGACAGACUUCACGUCGCGCUGGCGCUCGGAGAAGAGCGGCCCCGUUCUGUGCGACCACUGCAUGUCGUACAACCUGAAGAAGGCCCUGAAGGCGGAGCACACCAACCGGCUGAAGGCGGCCUUCGUCAAGGCCCUGCAGCAGGAGCAAGAGAUAGAGCAGCGCAUCCUCCAGCAGGCUGCCUCCCCAGUCUCCAAAACACCUUCCUCUUCCUCGGGGAUGAAGAGUGAGCACCAGCAGCACGUGCUGGUUUCACAGCAGUACAAGCAGGCCAGAGCCCAGCUUCAGCACCAGCAUAGAGGCACGCCUGUGGCCCGCCACCACUCCUCCAUCAAGCAGAGCCCUGGUCAGCUGUCCCGUAGUGGUCAGCAGGCGGUGGGGUCUCGUGGUGUCACUCACUCGUUCCCCACGUCCUCUCAGCAGCUGCAGAACGCUGUAACUGCGGCCACGCUGGUCAGCAGGUCAGGUAAGCAUGCCAUGCGCCCGGCGCAAGGGGCAAAGGGCAGCAGCGGCAGCAGUAACCCCUCGGCCAACCCCAACACCUGGAGGAAGCAGACCACAGGGAACUCAGGUGUGACCAUGGCCUAUGUGAACCCCAGCCUGUCUGUCCACAAGACCACCACCUCAGCCAACCUGGAGCGCCAGAGAGAGUACCUCCUGGACAUGAUCCCCUCCCGCUCCAUCUCCCAGACAGCCAACACAUGGAAAUAAUACUACCACCUCAAUCAACCCUUAUUUUUAAUCUGAAUAAUAGUCAUUCUCAUUAUCAAUUUAACAAAAGACUCCUCUCGGGAAAACAACAUCACAAUCUACCAUCGACCAAUGAAAUAAAAACUAAACGCACCUCUCCUUACGUUCCCUCCCUCCGUCAUCUUCCUGUGAGUCUUCAGUUCUAGUGUGGAGCGCUGGUGUAUUACUGGGAGAGUACAGGGCUCUGAGAUAUGCUACAUCCAAAAGGGUGGCAUGGACUUAAUCUAUCUCAAACAUUUCUGGUGCCCCCCUUCCCUUCUUGGGCAGAUCUUCACACAUUCGCACCGAGAGGGAGGGAUGUCCCAGUCCAGCUGUGUCGGUGGCUCUGAUUGGCUAUCCAGGCGAUGGGACAGUCAACAUCGUCCACUGUGAAUGAUGCGCCUUACUUCACCCCCCCCUUCUACCUGGGAGAGCCAGGACCGGGUCUCUCUCUGGCCUCAGUGGCAGGGCUGGUGGCACAAGACUGCAGACAGACAGACGUCAUGGCAGGGACUGUGGGUGACACCUCGAUCACACCGACAGCUUUAUUGCAUUUUGGUACACCAGAAGUACAUUCAUUUCCAAUGGAACGCUGCGUUUG